GAAGUGACGUCACCUGUUUGCAGUUUCCGCUUGAGAACAGACGGAGGAGUAGCUUCGUUAGUCUAGCCGUGUCUUCCCUCCUCUGUUUUUAUAUGUUUCUGUGGUGAUUUGACAGAUUCAUGAACGUCUUCACCUCCGGAGGACUUUCACGGUUCUUUUGCAUUUCCUCACCCGCCUCAGAGCACUCUUCCGCGGCAGGAUGUCGGGCCGACUGGCCUUCCAGACGCAGCUGGCCUCCAUCAUGGAGGUGCUGGCUAACGCGGCGGUGGCUGAGAUCUGCAAGCUGGUGGACGAUGACUACGCGGUGGUGAGCCUGCAGAUGUCCCAGUGUCAGCGGGAGAACAAGGCCCUGAAGAGGAAGGUUCACCUGCUGGAGCUCAAGAUGGCCCGGGGGAACGCCGAGAGGAGGCUCCGGGAGAGCGCCAUGAACGGCGGCCGGCCCAGAGUGCAGAUCACCGGGGGAGACAGGCUGCGAGAGGCCGCCAACAUCUCCACCUCCAGAUCCUCCUGCACAGACGCAGCGUUCGGAGGACAGAUGGACGUGGUUCUGUGGUCGGGCCGAGCUGCACAAGAAGACGUCGAGCUGAUCCACGCUGAGCGCGUGCAGAGGAAGUCUCCAGAUGUGGAGCUGGUGGAGGAGGAUGAGGCGCAGGUGAAGGAGGAGAAGGUGGAGGCAAUCAUGUCGAGGGUGACUGAGAGGGAGGAGGAGGAGGAGGAGGAGGUGCUGAUCAGAGACGAUGGUCUGCUCGAGUGUGUCCCCCGUGGACCAGGACAGAGACCCGGCCUCCACCAACAGGGCACCCAGUCCAGCUCCCAGCAGACCCUAUCCCCGUCCCCAGGCAGCAGGAGGAGGAGGCGUGUGGGCGGCAGAGGAGUGGAGGUCAGUGACUCCUCCUCUCUCCUUAGCUGUGAGCUUGUUGGCUCUCUGCAGGAAACGAUUAACCGUCCGUACAGCGAUUCUGAGUUUGACUUGUUGUGCGACGCCGAGAAAAACGCUGACGUGUCGAUCGAGGAGUUUCUUGACGAGCGGUCGCGGGCCGGAGCCGAAGGGAGUAGGCCGUCGUGUUCGUACUCGAUGGCGGCGGCAGAUUUCCCGCCGUCCUCCUCGGGUGUGAACGGCCAGGCUCGCUUCAGUCUCCCCGAGCGGUCACCGCCUGUGACCCAACGCAGCAGAGUGAACAAUCGAACAGGCGCCAGGGAGAGACUGUUUGUCUGCAGCUACUGCGGGAAAGCUUUUAACCGGCCUAAGAAGGUCGAGAUCCACCAGCGCGUGCACACGGGGGAGAAACCGUUCAGCUGCUCCACCUGUGGGAAAUCGUUUUCCGAGGCUGGGAACCUGAGGAAACACCAGAGGGUCCACAGUGGAGAGAAACCGUACACCUGCGGCAUGUGUGGGCGAGGGUUCACCCUGAUCAGAAACCUGAAGACUCACCAGCUCAAGAGCCACCCUGAAGUGUGCGGUGAGGGGACACCAGGGGGCGCACCUUAGCGGCCUUCUUUUAUCUGAAGGGUACUGUGUGGCGUAAUGAUUCAGCAGAGGCCGAGGGUCCGAAGGAGAAACAUCAGAGUGGAAACAGAACCUUU